AUGCUGAAUCGCGGCAUGCCGCGCCCCGAGUACGCGCCCUUCAUCACGUUGCCCCGAGGCGCGUCCGUGCCCAUGCUUGGAGGACUCGCCGUCGCAGGUUCGGCGCCUUCCGCUGUCUCGGCCCUCACCGCCGCCGCCUCCGAGACCUUGAGCGCCGCUCUCAGUGUCGCCAAACUCAAUCUGCACAGGCGUCGACGUCAGACGCUCACGGACUCAAACGCUCCCAGCAGCAGCAGCAGUCGCAGCAAUAAUGGACGACGUACUCCCUACUUGGACCGAGACGACGACGAGGAAGACGACCCGUUCGACCCACAACAACAGCAUCAGGAGAGAUAUCACAGUCAACCGCGACCCAGGAAAUCUACGCGCUCCCCUUCAUCAUCGAGAUCACCAGCCCCGUCGCCGUCACGAGACUCAGCUUCGUCCACGCGAUCGGGAGGCUUUGCGUCCAUGACCUCUCUGUCCAACCGCUCUCCGUCUGCGCGCUCAUCGUCGGUCACGUCGCCCUCGAGUCUCCGUGACGAGAGCAUGUCAUCAAUGGUAAGUGACAUGGCGCAGAAUCUGCCUGAACUCUCGACCGAGCGCCUCCAGGCGCUCGUCAACUUCAUCGACAAAUCUGUGGACGAUGCCUAUAACCUAAGCCUGGGCUUCGGGCGUGUGCGCUGGACGCCCAGCAGAGCGAGAGAGGGCGUGACGAUCCAUCGAGCGAGAAGUGGGCCGGACAACACGCUGCUGGAUGCCGCUGUGAGGGGAAAAUGCAACGUCAGUGCGACGUUCCGAGAGAUCACCGACCUGCUCAUCACGGAGACCAGCGCCGACUUUGCAGACCACGAGAGCGCUGUAAACCCCAGCGAGUUUCUGGACGGACAAGUCCUGUACACGUUGGUACCACGCACACCUGAAGAGCGCUUCGUAUGUGUCAAAUGGCACUGUGUGCGGUCGUUGGCUCCCUCUGUUGCCAAACACCGGGACUAUGUCUACGUCGAGCUCGUGGAUUCCUUCGAAGACGGAGACGGCCGACGUGUUGGCUACCGACUGUGUAAAAGUGUCGAGCUGGAUGUACUCCCUCCUCGCGAUACCAAACAUCUUUUUGUGCGUGCCAAGACGCUGACGCUGCAGACGUGGAGUGAACGAGCACCUGGGAGUCUGGAGUUUGUGACGAUGGUGAUCAACGACCUUGGAGAUCGUCUGCCUUCGUGGCUGGUGCACAAGAUGGUGGACACUGCAGCCAUGCGCUCCGCCUGCAUACGAGACCAUAUCAACCAGCGUCGUCUGGAUAUGCUCGUGUACGCUGGACCGAGAGACAUGGUGCCUCUCAGUCGUCGUGUGUGCUGUGUGGUGUGCACUCGAAGCUUCUCUCUCGUACGGAAGAAGUACAAUUGUGCAGCUUGUGGAGACGUAAUCUGCAAUCAGUGCAGCAUACAGGAACUUGUGACAGCGCAUCAACGACUGAGUGAUCUGUCAGCGCCCGGAGGCAAGCGCAAGACUCGGAUUUGUGUCAAGUGCAGCAGUAAAAUGCAGAGUCGAGAACUGCCACGUCGUGCGUCGUCUGCACGACAGAGCGACACCUCUCGCGUCAGCUCGGACGGCAGCAUCCGCAGCUCUCUGGCGUCUAACAGCUCCUUCCUAGCUCGGUCGCACGCGUCGGCCGGGAAAACGUCGGACGAGACUCGACGCAGUUUCCUCUCGGACUCUACGACUGGUACGAGCUCCCAGGACUCGGCGGAAGAAGGCAACAGAGGGAGUGGCAAUGGGUCCUCUGGUAUUCGUAAACAAGUGCCCAACAUGUUCCAGUUUCGACCAACUUCUUCUUCAAUGGGAAAGAGUGAACGGUUGUCCAAGGCGUCCACGUCGCCAUCGUCGCCUGGAGAGGACGAGGACCGAUUAGACGUGGAGGAACUGCAACCGCAACUGUUAGGUGAUAGCAUUUUAGCCCCUCCCGCUCCCGUAGAACUUGAUCUAGGCAUUGGUAAGUACAAGGAGACAUUUACACAGCAACCGACGAGGCCUGAGAGAGAUUACGAAGCCGAAGCAGCAGAGCUAGCAGAGUAUAGCGACGAGGAAGAAGAGUAUGCCGAGGACGACGCUGGCAACUUCCUCAACACGGAAGGCCACACACACGACGCGGUACGGCAGUCCUUAUCGCAGGCUAGAGUCAUGACGCUGGAAGUGGACGGACCCACCGUGCUCAAGGUGGAAGUGGCAAGUUUCCUAACUGAGGAAGAGAAUGCCAGCUUGGACACCAUGUCCAACGACUCGGACUCUGCCAGUUUCCUGACUGUGGACGAGAACUCGAAGAUCGUGGAGAGCAGGUUCAGUGGCAAGCUGGAGAAUGUGCCGAUCCCAGUGCAGGUGGAGGAGCUGACUGUUGAGGAAAUAAUGCCCGAAAAUGUGCGAACUGUCCCACGUCGCAGCUUGGAUUUGGAAGAAGUGGAGGUGGAAGAGCUGGUCAUAGAGGAGAUCCAUCCUGUAAAUGUAGGCAUCGUCCCAAGACGGUCGGAAGAAUUUGCGGUGGAAGAAAUCCAGCUCGAAAAUUCUUCACGGCUGAGUAUGGAGACAGAGGAAGUGGAAAUGCCCGUGGUCGUUCAUAUGGUGGCGAAGAAGUUGGUCGUUGGUUCAGGAGGACGACGCGGUCGCGACUCCAGACGAGCGCCUGCCCCUCAGCCUUCAAGUGCCCCUCCUCCACCUCCAAAGGUGGCAGACAUGCUUACUAGCAGUAUGACCAAUGUCAGUGCCACCAAGAAGGCACGUGCUGCGCCACCUCCCACUCCAACGACUGCUCCGGAGUCGACCCAAAUGCCAACUCAAGCUCCUGCCCCAGAGCCUGAAGAGGAGACACUCAAGCUCGAAGACUUGCAGGUACAUCUGAACCGGAUGGACCAGAUUUCGGCGAGUCUGCGUGAUCUUCGCAAGGAAAUGAAGUCAACGACGGCAGCCCCAGCCAGUACGCAGACGGCAAUGGCUGCACUCACAUCGUUCGAGAGCAAGGCCAAUGCCGAGCGUGCAGCCAAGAUCGCAGCCAACUUCAUCAGCCUAUUGGAUAGAAACGCUGCCCCUGCAGCUCGGCGUGCCCAGCAGCAUCUGAAGCAGCACGGCGGACCUCGUACGAGUCUCUUUAACUUGACUCUAGCCAUGGGCGAUGGAACCUUCGUGGAUUACCUUGUGGACUCGACAUUUGAGGACGUGGGAGAAAGCCCGGACGGCACAGGAAUCGGGUGGCAGGCUGUGGUCUCGCAGACGACAGGCAAGCAGUAUUUCUUCAACCAGAACUGCGCGCUUGCGUCCUGGACGCUGCCAGGACCCGACGUUUACCGGGGAAUGGUGUACAUGGUGCUCUAG